GGGGCGGCGGCGGUCCUAUAAAAAGUGAAUUGCCAAAAUUUCGAGGCAUCACAAAGUACAGUAGUGUCCAAUUAUUAAUAACUAAAUAUGAAACAAAUACUUUUGGUAGCCAUUUGCAUGGGCGUUGCUGCCUGCGCGAAGCUCAGCCAAUACCUUCCGCCCAACCAAGCCGCCAACCAGUACUCGGGGGCAGCUCCUAACCAAUAUUCCGGCCCAUCGAACCAAUACUCCGGAGGCGCUUCCAAUCAAUACUCGGGGUCAUCUAACCAAUACUCCGGACCAUCGAACCAGUAUUCCGGACAAUCGAACCAAUAUUCGUCCCAAGGUGGACAGUACCAGGAGAAAAACGCUCUGAAUGACGUACCAAUCUUGCGUUUGGAUAAUACCAACGAAGGUGACGGGAACUACAACUACGCAUUCGAAACCGGUAACGGAAUCAAUGCCCAAGAACAAGGCCAAGCUCAUGAGGACGGUACCAGAUCCCAAGGUUCAUUCUCCUACACGUCUCCCGAAGGCGAACAGAUCCAAAUCAGCUAUUCUGCCGAUGAAAACGGAUACCAACCUCAAGGUUCCCACAUCCCCACUCCUCCCCCGGUACCGGCCGAGAUUUUGAAAGCUAUCGAGCAAAACUUGGCCGAUGAAGCCAGAGGCGUCGUAGAUGAUGGUCAAUACAGACCGGAGCACCAAGGCCCUAGCGACUACCAGAGGUACCAAGGACAAGGCGCUCAACACCAGGGCGGAUCUCAGGGCGGCCAGCAGUACCAGGGAGGUUCUCAGUACUCGGGUGCCCAAAGCAACCAAUACAUCCCUCCCAGUUCGAACGGAAGAGGACAAAACGGCGGAUAUAAAUAUUAGGUUUUGUUUUAGUAAUUGUUGAUUGGUUGUAUGGUUUAA